UGUAAGCCAUGUGAUUGAUGUCAACAUGUCAUAAUCAUAAACAGUGAUGAAGUUAAAAUGUAACUUACAUGUAUGAUCAAAGCCAUAUUUGCAGAGCUGAUCACAUGGCUGUAAGCAAAGCUAGUCGUACAUUACGGAGACGGAAAAGAAAAGGAAAAACAUCACAGAUUCCUUACCUCGAAAGAGAAUACAUUGCUUUGAGUCAGUGGAUGAAAAGAAACAAAUUUGUUCAAAAGCGUCCCUAUCUCAGCGCUGCUAUAUUCAACAGUACUGGUAGAGGUUUGAUGACGCGCCAUUCCAUCAGUGCGGGCAGUACGUUAGUGUCUAUACCACAUCAUCUCCUCAUUACUCCUCACACUGUGUUAACAAGUGUCGGACAACACUUUACAAAAUGGGACAAACAGUUAUCUUCCCAACAGGCCAUGUCCAUUUUUCUCUUAGCAGAAAGACAAAAGCAAGAGUCAUCAUUUUGGUUUCCAUACAUCAAUGUUUUACCGAAGAAAUACACCACACCUGCCUUUUUUUCGGAGACUGAACUGAAUCUCCUUCCCCAAACUGUACUGUCAAAAGCCUUAACAGAGAUCUCAAAAGUGCACACAGCCUUUAAGUUGGCUACAGACUUUAUCACAUGCUGCUGGCCGGAGUUAGCGCCAGUUUUAACAUAUUCUGACUUUAUAUGGUCGUGGUACUCUGUCAAUACCAGAUCUGUGUACUAUAAACAUGACUUAUGUGACCAGUUCCUGGCAGACCACAACUAUAUAGCUCUGGCACCAUUUCUAGACCUGCUCAACCAUUCAUAUGAUGCUAAUAUAACUGCAUCAUUCAAUGUAAAGAGUAACUGUUAUGAGAUCCAGACUGAAGACACCUACAGGAAGUACGAUGAAGUGUUUAUAUCAUAUGGUAACCAUGACAACACACACCUGUUAGUGGAGUAUGGCUUUGUUCUGCCCAACAACCCUAAUGAUGUUGUGGAAUUUUCGUUUGAUUCUUUAUUAGAUAUCGCCUUAAGAAUGAAGCUUAAACAUCUGAAAGAGAAAAGAUCUGUUUUACUUACCGGUCAAUUUGAUAGGAAGCUGUGCUGUUGUUCUGAUGGCUUAUCUUGGAACCUCCAGGUGGUGUUGCGAGUGCUGUGUAUGGACUGGACAGAACUGAAAAACUGGAAACUUGUAAUGCAGGGAGGAAUUAUUUCAGACCAAAAUGAACUGCUGACUAGAACUAUGGCCUCAACAUUGAUUAAAACUUCUCUGGGCAUGUGUAAAGAGAACUUAACCAAAUUUCAGGGUCUACAUUGUGACACAAUGACAGAACAUGAGAGACUAGCCUAUGACUUCAUUUGUAUAGAAAGGACAACUUUGCAAUCUGCACUGAUAUCUGUCCAGUCAUAGUAAAACAGGCCUACACCAUUCAGAGUCGGCAUCAGUGACUUAACUUGUGCCUCACCAGUCUCACAUCACAAGGACAAUAAGGUCAAAUGGACCUACACCUGCUAAGACUAGCCUAUAACAUCAGUGAAGUAUAGGAAGACAAGCCUACAACAUCUGUGAUGUAUAGGACGACUAGCCUACAACAUCUGUGAUGUAUAGGAAGACUAGCCUACAACAUCAGUGAUGUAUAGGAAGACCAGCCUACAACAUCAGUGAAGUGUAGGAAGACUAGCCUACAACAUCUGUGAUGUAUAGUGAGACCAGCCUACAACAUCAGUGAAGUGUAGGAAGACAAGCCUACAACAUCAGUGAAGUAUAGGAAAACUAGCCUACAACAUCUGUGAAGUGUAGGAAGACUAGCCUACAACAUCUGUGAUGUAUAGGAAGACUAGCCUACAACAUCUGUGAUGUAUAGGAAGACUAGCCUACAACAUCUGUGAAGUAUAGGAAGACUAGAUAACAACAUCAGUUAAGUGUAGGAAGACUAGCCUACAACAUCUGUGAAUUGUAGGAAGACUAGACUACAACAUCUGUGAAGUGUAGGAAGACUUGACUACAACAUCAGUGAUGUAUAGGGAGACUAGUCUACAACAUCAGUGAUGUAUAGGAAGACAAGCCUACAACAUCAGUGAAGUGUAGGAAGACUAGACUACAACAUCAGUGAUGUAUAGGAAGACAAGCCUACAACAUCUGUGAUGUAUAGGAAGACUAGCCUACAACAUCUGAUGUGUAGGAAGACUAGCCUACAACAUCAGUGAUGUAUAGGGAGACUAGUCUACAACAUCAGUGAAGUAUAGGAAGACAAGCCUACAACAUCAGUGAAGUGUAGGAAGACUAGCCUACAACAUCUGUGAUGUAUAGGAAGACUAGCCUACAACAUCUGUGAUGUAUAGGAAGACUAGCCUAUAACAUCAGUGAAGUGUAGGAAGACUAGACUACAACAUCAGUGAAGUGUAGGAAGACUAGACUACAACAUCAGUGAUGUAUAGGAAGACUAGCCUACAACAUCAGUGAUGUAUAGGAAGACUAGCCUACAACAUCUGUGAUGUAUAGGAAGACUAGCCUACAACAUCUGAUGUGUAGGAAGACUAGCCUACAACAUCAGUGAUGUAUAGGAAGACUAGCCUACAACAUCAGUGAUGUAUAGGAAGACUAGCCUACAACAUCAGUGAAGUAUAGGAAGACAAGCCUACAACAUCAGUGAAGUGUAGGAAGACUAGACUACAACAUCUGUGAUGUAUAGGAAGACUAGCCUACAACAUCAGUGAAGUGUAGGAAGACCAGCCUACAACAUCAGUGAAAUGUAAGAAGACUAGCCUACAACAUCUGUGAUGUAUAGGAAGACUAGCCUACGACAUCUGUGAUGUAUAGGAAGACUAGCCUACAACAUCAGUGAAGUGUAGGAAGACUAGCCUACAACAUCUGUGAUGUAUAGUGAGACCAGCCUACAACAUCAGUGAAGUGUAGGAAGACUAGCCUACAACAUCUGUGAUGUAUAGGAAGACUAGCCUACAACAUCUGUGAAGUGUAGGAAGACUAGCCUACAACAUCUGUGAUGUAUAGGAAGACUAGACUACAACAUCAGUGAAGUGUAGGAAGACUAGCCUACAACAUUAGUGAAGUGUAGGAAGACUAGCCUACAACAUCUGUGAUGUAUAGGAAGACUAGCCUACAACAUCUGUGAAGUGUAGGAAGACUAGACUACAACAUCAGUGAUGUAUAGGAAGACUAGCCUACAACAUCUGUUAAGUGUAGGAAGACUAGCCUACAACAUCUGUGAUGUAUAGGAAGACUAGACUACAACAUCAGUGAAGUGUAGGAAGACUAGCCUACAACAUCAGUGAAGUGUAGGAAGACUAGCCUACAACAUCAGUGAAGUGUAGGAAGACUAGCCUACAACAUCAGUGAUGUAUAGGAAGACUAGCCUACAACAUCUGUGAUGUAUAGGAAAACUAGCCUACAACAUCUGUGAAGUGUAGGAAGACUAGCCUACAACAUCAGUGAAGUGUAGGAAAACUAGCCUACAACAUUAGUGAAGUGUAGGAAGACUAGCCUACAACAUCUGUGAUGUAUAGGAAAACUAGCCUACAACAUUAGUGAAGUAUAGGAAGACUAGCCUACAACAUUAGUGAAGUGUAGGAAAACUAGCCUACAACAUCAGUGAAGUGUAGGAAGACUAGCCUACAACAUCUGUGAUGUAUAGGAAGACUAGCCUACAACAUCUGUGAUGUGUAGGAAGACUAGCCUACAACAUCAGUGAAGUGUAGGAAGACUAGCCUACAACAUCUGUGAAGUGUAGGAAGACUAGCCUAUAACAUCUGUGAUGUAUAGGAAGACUAGCCUACAACAUCAGUGAAGUGUAGGAAGACUAGCCUACAACAUCUGUGAUGUAUAGUGAGACCAGCCUACAACAUCAGUGAAGUGUAGGAAGACUAGCCUACAACAUCUGUGAUGUAUAGGAAGACUAGCCUACAACAUCUGUGAAGUGUAGGAAGACUAGCCUACAACAUCUGUGAUGUAUAGGAAGACUAGACUACAACAUCAGUGAAGUGUAGGAAGACUAGCCUACAACAUUAGUGAAGUGUAGGAAGACUAGCCUACAACAUCUGUGAUGUAUAGGAAGACUAGCCUACAACAUCUGUGAAGUGUAGGAAGACUAGACUACAACAUCAGUGAUGUAUAGGAAGACUAGCCUACAACAUCUGUUAAGUGUAGGAAGACUAGCCUACAACAUCAGUGAAGUGUAGGAAAACUAGCCUACAACAUUAGUGAAGUGUAGGAAGACUAGCCUACAACAUCUGUGAUGUAUAGGAAAACUAGCCUACAACAUUAGUGAAGUAUAGGAAGACUAGCCUACAACAUUAGUGAAGUGUAGGAAAACUAGCCUACAACAUCAGUGAAGUGUAGGAAGACUAGCCUACAACAUCUGUGAUGUAUAGGAAGACUAGCCUACAACAUCUGUGAUGUGUAGGAAGACUAGCCUACAACAUCAGUGAAGUGUAGGAAGACUAGCCUACAACAUCAGUGAAGUGUAGGAAGACUAGCCUACAACAUCUGUGAAGUGUAGGAAGACAAGCCUACAACAUCUGUGAUGUAUAGGAAGACUAGCCUACAACAUCUGUGAUGUAUAGGAAGCCUAGCCUACAACAUCUGUGAAGUGUAGGAAGACAAGCCUACAACAUCUGUGAUGUAUAGGAAAACUAGACUACAACAUCUGUGAAGUGUAGGAAGACUAGCCUACAACAUCUGUGAAGUGUAGGAAGACAAGCCUACAACAUCAGUGAUGUAUAGGAAGACAAGCCUACAACAUCUGUGAUGUAUAGGAAAACUAGACUACAACAUCUGUGAAGUGUAGGAAGACUAGACUACAACAUCUGUGAAGUGUAGGAAGACUAGCCUACAACAUCUGUGAAGUGUAGGAAGACUAGCCUACAACAUCUGUGAUGUAUAGGAAGACUAGACUACAACAUCAGUGAUGUAUAGGAAGACUAGAUAACAACAUCAGUGAUGUAUAGGAAGACUAGAUAACAACAUCUGUGAUGUAUAGGAAGACUAGCCUACAACAUCAGUGAUGUAUAGGAAGACAAGCCUACAACAUCUGUGAUGUAUAGGAAGACUAGCCUACAACAUCAGUGAAGUGUAGGAAAACUAGCCUACAACAUUAGUGAAGUGUAGGAAGACUAGACUACAACAUCAGUGAUGUAUAGGAAGACUAGACUACAACAUCAGUGAUGUAUAGGAAGACUAGCCUACAACAUCAGUGAAGUAUAGGAAGACUAGCCUACAACAUCAGUGAUGUAUAGGAGGACUAGAUAACAACAUCUGUGAUGUAUAGGAAGACUAGCCUACAACAUCAGUGAUGUAUAGGAAGACUAACCUACAACAUCAGUGAUGCAUAGGAAGACUAGCCUACAACAUCAGUGAAGUAUAGGAAGACUAGCCUACAACAUUAGUGAUGUAUAGGAAGACUAGCUAUCACACCAGCAACAUAGAGGUGAACCUUCAGUCUGCGUGUAUGUCAGUCACGUGUAGUACACUAAACACACAGUUGAAUCCAUCACAAUUCUUACCGUUAAGUGGAUUACUUGUUGCUUUCAUAGUUUGACUUCAUGAAUGUAUGGGAUUCUUUCCAUAUCCAGUGAAAUGUAACGAGAAUUGUGACUGAGAAACAAGGGAGGUAACUAUGUUUGACAUUCAGUAAAUGCUAGGAUUCUAAAGCUUACAGAUUUUUAGGUCACCCGCAAUAGCUCAGUCGGUUAGAGUGCCAGUUAUAUUACCUCAGGUGAAGAUCCAAGUUGUGUGGUUUGAUGAUUUCUACCCGUGUCGUUUAGAAUUUCUCUUGAAGCUGAGAAACGGGCCAGUCUGUGUUGUUGUGGUUGUGUCCUUGAGCAAGAGACUUUACCCUAAUUGCUCUGAAUGGCUUGUAAAGGGCCUCUCGUAUGUUGUUCAUUGCAGUAGUCACCAACUUCUAAAAGGAGACCCCACCUCAAAAUGACCCUUGCUGUUCACAUGGCAAUAAACCCAGCAAACAAUCAAACAAAGUUCUACAAUCAGGGUGAUUCAGUUGAAACUUGCAGAGUUAUGACCCUUUGUAGUGUUAUUGGACUUUGUGAACAUGAUGACUUGAGUGAUUUAGUAUGGAGUUUCACGAACUCAAACUUGGUAUGCAGUCUUAUAUCGAUAUGAUCUGGCAUGAGUUGAUGAUGAUCAGGGUGAUUCAAUUGCAAUUGAUUUAUGGCCCUUUGUAGUUAAUUAACAUAAUUAUGAACAUUAGACCUUAUGAGCAUAACUUGAGUAAUUAUGGCUUUAUAUAAGAUCUUGCACAAUUUUCACAUAUGGACCAAUCUAACCAUAAAAGUUAUGGCACUUUGCAGUUUAGGUCGAGGGUCAUGAAAUUGCACCAGUAGCUUGCUGGGAUAAGGUUAAUACAAUUGAAUGACCUUGGCCUAAUUUCAAAUUCACAGGGGUCAAAUACUGGUACCAGUAUGUUAAAUCUUAGUUUAAAAGCAGCAUUUACAUGCUGAGUUACUUGUAAACCAAUAAAUGUAUGAAUUUAACUGGAA